CAAGUUUGUAAGUGAAAGUAAACUAUUCGGAUUGUUAUUUGUAGCCUUCAGUACUUUAAACAGGCUACAUGACCCUGUGACCUAGCUGUCAGAGAGUCCGCCAGACCAUGGCUACAGUGGGCGAAAGCCAGCUUCAAAGGAUUAUCAGAGAUCUGCAUGAUGCAGUUACAGAGCUCACCAAAGAGUACAGGGAGAAUGGGGAGCCUAUCACAGACGACAGUUCCAACCUGCAUAAAUUAUCCUAUAAACUGGAGUACCUGUUACAGUUUGACCAAAAAGAAAAGACAACAUUUAUGGGCACAAGGAAAGACUACUGGGAAUACUUCAGUGAAUGCCUGGCCAAGAUCAAAGGAGCCAACGAUGGAAUUCGCUUCGUUAAAUCCAUCCCAGAGCUGAAGACCUCUCUGGGUAAAGGCAGGGCCUUCAUUCGCUACUCCCUGGUCCACCAGCGCUUGGCUGACACUCUGCAACAGUGUCUGAUGAACCAGAGGGUCACAAGCGAUUGGUUCUACGCACGCAGCCCCUUCCUGAAACCCCACCUCAGCGUUGACAUCAUCAGUCACCUGUACGAGCUCAACGAGGUCCAGUUUGACGUGGCCUCCAGGGGUCAUGACCUCGAUUCAUCCUGGCCAACUUUCGCUAGGAGAACUCUGGGCAUGCCAAAUUCGCCGAGUCACAUGUGGAAAGCCCCUAGUCGUAGUUCCAGCAUCAACAGUCUUGCCAGCACUUACUCACAGCAGGCGCACGAGUUCCCAUCCAGCCCCGACUACGGGACGGGCAUGCUGAGCGAGCUGAACGAGUCCCUCCCCGCCUGCGGCGCGGACGUCAGCGCCGUGGACGACCUCCGCCUGGAGCUGGACCAGUCGGAGCUGAAGCAGCGGGAGCUGCUGGAGAGGGUGCAGCAGCUGGGGGAGGAGGCGGCCGAGCUCAGGGGGGUGGUGGUGGAGCUCCAGAGGCAGCUGGACGUGUCUCUGGCCGCCCAGGGGGAGCAAGCGGGCCUGCAGAGGGCGCUCAGGACCCUGGAGGGGCGCGAGGAGGCCCUCGAGAAAGAGCUGGAGGGUCUCCGGACGGCUGAGAGCGCCCGGGCGUCAGAACAGCGCCUACUUCAAGAAAAGCUGCUGGUCGCCGAGGGGAAAAACGCGGAGCUCAUGGCUAAGCUUGACGGGGUGCUGGAUGAGAAGGGGCAGCAGGCAGCCAGCUACUUUGACUCGGCACAGAAGAUCCACGACCUCCUAGACAAGCUGAAGGAGGCGGACAAAGGGAAGAUGGAGGCCGUGGCAGAGGGGGAGGAGAGGAGGAGGCAUGCAGAGAGACUCUCAGAGGAGCUGAGGGGCCAGGAGGCGGCGGCGAAAGAGGCCGAAACCAAACGUGCAGCGCUGGCAGCGUCUUCAGCCGAGCAGAAAGCCAAGCUUGAGGAGCAGGCCAAGGAUCAACUCGACGCUAUUGAGAAUCUGCAGGAGGCGUUGUCGGUGAGGGAGAAGGAAGCCAGCAACCUGCAGCGGCAACUUCAGGACCUCCAGCGUGCUUUGGAGGAGAAGGAGAGGCUGGCCGAGGAGACCAGGAGGAGGUCAGAGGAAGAGAAAGAGGAGACGCAGAAGAGUGCAGCAGAAGUCAAGGAAUCUCAGGAAAGGGAGCUCCUCUCACUGAAGAAGAAGCUGAGGAACACGGAGGCCGAGCUGGCCUCCAGCGCUGGGAGGCUCCAGGAAUCGGAGGCCCAGAAUCAGAGCCUGACCGCGGAGAGGGAACGCCUCAGCGGCAGCCUCUCUGAGACGGAGGCCGGCCACAGGGAUCAGGCCAAGAAAACCGAGGACUACAAGACCCAGUGCACCAACCUGAUGGAGCUCAACGGGAAGCUGCUGAGCGCGGCGAAGAGGAACGAGGAGCUGAAGAAGGAGCUGGCGGAGAACCGCGCGGCGCUGGAGGCGGAGGUGGCCGCCCUGCGGGCCUCGGACAAGCAGCUGCGAAGCCAGUUGGACGACGCCAAGGUCACGGUGGACGAGAAGGAGAGGAGGCUGCGCGAGGAGAACCGUGCCCUGGACGAGAGCCUUCAGAGGGCCGCCAUGACCGCCGGGGUCUCCGACAAGAACGCCAAGCGCCUGGAGCAGGAGAACGUCAGCCUGAGGGAGGAGCAGGCCACGGUGAAAGCGGCGCUGGGCUCCAUGCAGGAAGAACUGAGGGCCAUCCACGGGCAGAUCGGGGAGCUGGAAAAGAGCUUGGGGGUCUCGCGGAGGAGCGAGGCGGGUCUCCAGGAGCGUCUCAGGGACAGGGAGGCCCAGUUGGAGAACAAGAAGAAGGACUGCGUGGAGCUCCAGGCCCGGAUGGAGGACCUGGAGGCCAGAGAGAGAGAGCUGGAGAAGGCCAAAGCUCAGGCAGAGGACACCUGUGCCAGGCAGACGGAGCUGAUCCAGAGGGUGACCUCACAGACGCAAGCUGUGGAGAAGGCCCAGCUGGAGAGGAGCUCUGCCCAGGCGAAGGAAAGCCAAGAGGCGGCUUCCAGGCUGACGCUGGCAGAGAGCCAGCUGGAGGUGAACGUCAAGGAGGUGUCCAGGCUCCAGGGGGAGGUUCUGGACCUGAGGGUGCAUCUGCAGAAGUCCGGGGAGGAGAGGGUGAAGAUCCAGGCUCAGCUGGAGGUGACCGAGUCCCAGAGGGACGAGCUGAGGACCCUGACGGAGCAGCUCAAAGUCCAGACGGAGGCACUCAACCAGGAGCACGUGGCCGAACUGCUCCAGUGCCGAGAGCGAGAGGAGGCGCUGGCCAAGGAGCACGACAAGGACAAGGCCGCUCGCGCCGUGCUGGCUGUCGCGGAGGCUUCCGGCAGGGAACAGCUGGCGACUCUGAAGGCCCAGAACGAGAGGCUGGAGCUGGAGAUCACCGAGACCAGGGAGGGGCUCCACCGGGCGAACACUGAGAUGGCCGAGCUGGGGAUGACGAUCUGCAGACUGACGGCGGAGAAGGAGGAGGCCAGGGAACACUGGGAAGGCGGGGCGACCGAGAUGGAGAUGCUGAAGGAGAAGACGACCAGGGAGGGGGAGCGAAUCGAGGCUUGCCUGGCCGCCCUGCGGCAGGAGAACCUCAGCCUCCACGAGGAGCUGAGACAGACGGAGAACCUUCCGGCAACCAUGCUGGAGUUGCAGGAGAAGCUGGAGAAGGCCGAGGGUCAGGUGAAGAUGCUCGAGGACUCCGGCCGUGAGGAGAUGGAGGCCGUGAAGUUCCAGAUGAGUUCGGAUAGCAUGAAUUCUCAGAACCAAAUCAAGAAUGUAAAUGAGGAGCUGAGAAAUGCAAGAGCACAGCUGCAAACAGAGAAGCAGAAGGUGUCGAGUCUGGAGGCCAAGGUGUCCGAGUUAGAGAGUGUAAAUGUGGAGAACUUCCGUCUCAUCGGAGAGAAAGAUGCUCACGCCUCGCGAUCAGAAGCUUCGCUUCGCCAUAGCGACGAGGAGAUCCAGAGACUGAAAGACUCUGUUGCUAGCACGGAGGUGGUUCUGUCGGAUGUCCAGAAGGUCCGUGACGAGCUGCAGCUGAAACUGGAGCGGGCUGAGGCCUCGAACCAGAACCAGAACCUCACGAUGGCCGCCGAGAUCGAUGACCUCUGCAGAACCAAAAGCUACCUGGAGGAGCGGCUCAUUGAGCUGAUCAAGGAUAAAGACGCUCUGUGGCAGAAGUCAGACGCUCUGGAGUUCGAACAGAAGCAGCGUGCGGAGGAACGCUGGUGGCUGGUGGACAAGGAGGCCACUCACUGCCUGGGCUGCCAGGGCCACUUCACCUGGUGGCUACGAAGACACCACUGCAGACUCUGCGGCCGCAUCUUCUGCUACUACUGCAGCAACAACUUUGUGACGACCAAGCACAGUGGGAAGAAGGAACGCUGCUGUAGGGAGUGUUACACGCAGCACAGCGCCGUGGUGGAGAGGUUCACCCAGGCUGAGCUGAGCCCCUCGGAAACCCAUCCCCCUCCCCUCGAGGCCGGGCCUCAGCCCCACCCCCAACCAGCCCCCUACAAACCCACCCCCAGGGUCACAGUGUCGGACCCUAAGUCCGAUGAUGGGGUGUAUGACAUCAUCACGGAGGAGGACGUAAAUGGGAUCUAUGACAGCGAUACCAUGUCCCAAACUACAGGGGGUUCCCUGGAGGGGGAACGGGAAGCAAAGCCCCCAGGAGCGUUGGACAUAGGCACAGGAGACUUGACCCCUGAUGACCCGGAAGAAAAUGUCCCCACGGUGCAGGAUGCAGAGAUUAACCUUCUCAAAUGUGGGGAACUAACGCUGGUCGUCCCCCUCGGCCUCACCGACGUGUCUCAGUUUGGCGACGGCUCCCGGGAGCUCUUCGUCAAGUCCAGUUGCUACAGCGUCGUAGCCAUCGCCGUGGACAACCCCGGCCCCACCAUCAAGUGGGUGUUCUCGUCCGAACCCAAGAGCAUCUCCUUCAGCGUGGUGUACCGCGACACUGCCGACUCCCAGGUGGAGCAGUCCAAGGUGCUGAUUCCUCUGACCCGGUGUAAUUCCCACAAAGAGACCAUCCAAGGCCAGCUGAAAGUCAGGAAUCCCGGACUCUACACCCUCAUCUUUGAUAACUCCUUCUCUCGGUUCAUCUCUAAGAAAGUGCUGUACCACUUAACCAUCGAGGAGCCAGUAAUCUACGACGGGAGUGAUUUUCCAUGAAUCUGGUUUGCAAUUUCUGACUCUGAUACAGGGUAGAUUUUAGAGGGAUGAACACAGGGGAGAUAAGGAAAACGAUAAUGGAGCUUUUACAUUUUGUUAUUUUUAAUGUCCAACCUUCAGUGCUUAGUGGGUCAUGCUCCCAAGUAUUUUUUAUUUUUUUUUGCCAUCUUGUGUUCUUUCAUGCUGUGGAGUGUGUUUGUGGUUUGACCCUAACCUCCCGCCCAGUUGAACUGUUGUGGCUAUGGAGAUACUAAUACGUUUAAAAAAAAACAUAACCCGACAAUUCAAUGAGAUUAACCUUUUAUAUGUGCAUUUCAACCGUAAUGCAGGCCUUUUAGAGCGGCAGGCAUUCUGUGUCUAAGGAAAUCUUUGAAGUCUGCUCGCUUUGUGGAGCUUAGGAGUUGUAAGGAUCUGUUUUUGUGACACUUCCAUAGUUCAUGGUUCAGAUAAAUAUUUUCCAUCUGUAUUAUAAAAGUAGAAGUUUGGAAGCCUUCCAAUUUUGUCAAAAGCUGAUCCAAAUGACUGUGAUGUGAAAGACAAUGGUUAUUCUGUGAUAUAUGUUUUUCCAUAAUUUUAUUAUAACUGACAAUCUGUUCAUGUUUUAGGUGAUACUGUUUGAAUGUCAGCUAAUACUAUGUAUAUUAGUUACCUUUAAACUCAAAUGAACAUACUGACAACAGUUCCUGGUAACACUAACAGUCAAUGGUUCUGGGACUCCAACUAUCACUAUCAUUAUUUUCUUGUUUCGGAUGUAGGUGCAAGAUGAUGCCAUCUUCAAGUAACAUACUAUAUAUUUCAAUAUACUAUUGAAAACACAUAUGCAAUAGACCUAUUUAUGCAUGAUUUACUUUUGUCUAAGGAAUUUGUUGACGUUGAUGUCCUCUGUUGGUCUUUGGUUUAGGAAGAUGUUCCUAGAUGGUUUUAUUUUGUUUUAGAUUUAUUAACACUUCUUCAAGUCGACAUUGCACAGUAGUAUCUGUGCAUAGGAACACGGAACUGGUAUGUGAUCGUGUAGUUAUACACGUUAUUAUUAAGUGGAACACGGUACAGGGCUGUGCGUGCGUGAUGUCCAGGGAGGAAAUACCAGCAUGGUAACUGCAAAUUGAGGUUUUGUUUUGUGUGUUUAAAGCCGCAGUUUUAGAUUUACGUUUUCCUCCUCACCAGGAUCCAAUUAUGUUUUAAUUUUGUGUGUUGCAUGUUUUUCUGUUUGUUUAUGUUAAUACUAUCUCACACAAGUCGUUAUCGUGAUGACGUGGCGGAUAUCACUAAUGAAACAAGGGCUACGCUCUAGUGCGUUUUACGAGAACUUUUCAUAUUUCUCAAACAUUUCGUACUUUCUUACCCAGAAUGGUCUAAAAUGGUGCAAUUUGUAUACAACGCCUCAUAUUUUCUCUACAGACGUGCACUUUCAGAUGAUUUAAAAUAAAGCGAAUUGUAUUUUACAUU